CAAUACAAUUCAUCGUCACUUUCAUUCAAAACUCAAACCAAAAGCCUUGUUCUUAACGUUCAAAGCAUCCUUAAAUUCUCCGACAUCAAUGGCUUUCUGGUCUGCAGAAAACGCCACCAAGGCCUAUCUCACUACUGUGAAAAUGGGACAAAGAGCCAACGAACCAGACGUCGCCGAGUUCAUAUCAGCACUAGCCGCCGGCAACAACGCGCAACUAAUGGUGGUGGUGGCGGUGGCGGUGGACGGCGGUGCGGCGGGAUCCACCACGCAGGCCUUGUUGGCGGCGAGCCACCAAACCGGAGGUCGUGUGGUCUGCAUAGUUCGCAACCUGGAACAUCUAAACGCUUCUGAGAAAUCUUUAUUGGGCAUCUCAUCAGAUUUACGACAAGUUGAGUUCGUGAUCGGAGAGCCUCAAGAACUGUUAACGACCCAAUACGACGGCGCAGAUUUCGUACUCGUGGACUGUAAGCUGGAGAACCACGAGGAGGUUCUGAGAGCUGUGGAGAGAGUGAGUGUUAGGAAGCAAAACGGCACUGUCGUUGUGGGAUACAACGCGUUCAGGAGCAGAGGGUCGUUUGGGUCCAAAACACAGUUUCUUCCCAUAGGAGAAGGCCUGUUGGUGACUAAAUUUGCAGGGAGAAAUAAUAAUGAAAGGAAGUGUGAUAGUAAUAGUAAUAAUAAUAUAAUGGGGAAGGUGAUGAGAAGAAGUAGGUGGAUUGUGAAGGUGGAUAAAUGCACUGGGGAAGAACAUGUAUUUAGGGUUAGGUUUCCACAAAAGCAAAGUCAUUCAUGCUUAGCUUAAUUGAUUUCAUUUUCAUUAAAUUAGGGUUUUUGGUCCAUUAAUUAUUUAGGGGAUAGAGUUCUGAUCUGAGUAGCUUCGCUUUUGUGAUGAGAGAAACAUCUGGAAGCUGCUCCUUUUUCUCAACAUGUACAUAUAUAUAUAUAUAUAUAUAUAGCAAUAGGUAUAUAAAAUAUUGGUGUAUUGAA